CAACGCUAAAACACAAUCUAACGUAGAGGCCUAGAGUCUAGAGGUAGAAGUGACUGUUGAGUGUUAGCCGGUUCAGAUUGAUUAGAUAAUCUUUUCUAGAUCUUAGAUCUUCUAGAAUCUUAGCCAAUUACAAUCUAGAUCUAAACUGAAAUACAACUUCAGUCAUAUUUACCGUUUAAGUAUUUUAAUUAGUAAAUUACCCAACAAACGAGUAAACAAGCUACAAAACAAGCCUACACACUUCGUCCCUACGACCUACUACAGUACUGUGGUACAACAACUUGUAACAAGGACUACAUUACAAAUAGAUCUACUGAUCUGAAGUAGAAAAAAAUAUAGACCUACUCAGAGUCUCAGGCUACUGUAACUGUACAACUCAGAAGCCGGCAAGGUUGCAAGAAAAACUGUAAAAUGUCUGAAGACUACAUCUUGGUGACAGGUGGUGCUGGGUAUAUUGGGAGUCACACUGUGGUAGAACUGCUCAACAGCAACUACAAUGUGGUGGUUAUAGACAACUUGGUGAAUGCAUGCAUGGAAAGUAUUUCUAGAGUAGAGGAAAUAACUGGCAAAACUGUUCCAGCUCUACAAGUUGAUUUACUAGACAAGAAUGCCAUUAAAUCUGUUUUUGAAAAGUACAAAAUCUCUGUUGUCAUGCACUUUGCUGGCUUGAAGGCAGUGGGUGAGUCUGUGGAACUGCCCCUGUUAUAUUACCACACCAACAUUGGAGGAACAGUUAAUUUACUGGAGGUAAUGAAGGAGUACAAUGUGAAGAAUAUCAUCUUCUCCAGUUCAGCAACAGUGUAUGGCACACCACAGUAUUUGCCUGUCGAUGAAAACCACCCAGUUGGCGGCUGCACCAAUGCCUAUGGAAAAACCAAGUUUUUCAUUGAGGAGAUCAUUAAAGAUGUUUGCAAUGCUGACAAGUCAUGGAAUGCUGUUCUUCUUCGUUAUUUCAACCCUGUUGGUGCACACAAGUCUGGUAAGAUUGGUGAGAAUCCACAGGGUGUACCCAACAAUCUGAUGCCAUUUGUUGCCCAGGUGGCAGUAGGGAGAAGGGAUCACCUGACAGUGUUUGGAGAUGACUAUGACACACCAGAUGGCACAGGUGUUCGAGAUUAUAUUCACAUAGUUGACUUGGCCCAAGGUCAUGUGGCUGCCAUUAAGAAAGUAGAGGCUGGAUGUGGAUGUGUGGUGUACAACUUGGGUACUGGUAUUGGAUAUUCAGUACUAGAUAUGGUUAAAGCAUUUGAAAAAGCAACUGAGAAACCUAUCCCAUACAAAGUAGCACCUAGACGAGCUGGUGAUAUUGCCACUGUGUAUGCUAACCCAGAGAAUGCAGAGAAGGAGCUUGGCUGGAAGGCAACAAGAACUCUGGAUGAGAUGUGUGAAGAUCUGUGGAGAUGGCAAUCAAAUAAUCCCAAUGGCUACAAGGCUUCCAGUUAAUGAUGUUGAAGUUUAGUUUCAACCUCAAGAAUUAUUUCUUGUUGAAUUUUUGGUAGGAUGUUACAUGCAUUGUUAACUUUUUUUUCAGAUAACCCUGUAUUGUAAGCUUCAAUUUGUAUGUAAGCAAACGAAACAAUUGUUGAAAUUAUAAUGUUAUCUUAGCAAAAAAAAAAAACAUUAUAAGUAAAAGUAAUUUUUACUUAUUUCAAGUCUUUGUAUUCAGCCUUUAACAGGUAAACUUAUUUAUACACUAUAAUCUGUUGAAAAGUCUUAGUCCUUGUUUGUUUCAAGUGAAUUCACAAGUGUGUUACGGGUUUUCAAGAAGUAUAAUCACAUGUAUGUCCUCUUGUACUUAUUGGUUAAGAGGUUUAUAUAAAGUGCCCAGGUCAUGCUUGCUUAGAAUUUAGGGUCCAUCUUUGAUUUGAUCAAUAGAAAGAAAAUAAUAUUUUUUUUUGUUAUUGAUGAUCAUUGAACAAAACAGUAUUUGCUUGAGUGUGUGUGCAUUGAUUUUUGUAAGUUGAUCUAAUGUCAUCUCAUCCAUACGCUGCUGACUUGUGAGAAGUAAAUAUUGAUGAAAUGUGCAAACAUUGUAGGUUUUGUGAGAAGCUUUAAACAAAUGUUUUCUUUGUCCAUCCUAAUUAAAUGGCAGUAAGUGUGGAGUAUGUUUAAUGUGGCUGUAAGGUAGUAUUAGAACAUCCCCAGACUUACAUUUCAGAAUUGCAGUAAAUUACUUUAAUUUGUAUGUGUGUGAAUUUGUUUCUCAUUCUAUUCAAGUAUUCUGGUCUCAGAGAGAGAAUAAUGUUAACCCCUUUGAAUUUACAUUGGGGCAAAGGUGAAUUAAAAUGACAAUCUUUCACUUUUGCUGACUUGGGAUGCUAUUUAUUGGUUUUUAUGUAUUGAGGGUGUUCUUUUAUGGUAUUUUGUUAUAUUUAGUUUUGUAUAAUUUAAGUAUAAAUGUAUUUAAUUUUGUUAAAGAGUUGCAUAUUGUUUGAUAUCUUUAUGUAUUGCAAGUUUUGAUUUGCAUUGUUUGGCAUAAUUUUUAGAAAAUAUGUCUGUCUAGAUCCAUAAAUUCAUUAAUCCCAACAUUUUUCUUAUUUUCACAAACAUUUUAUAGAUUGAAGCUUUUACUUAUUCUAGACUAACAUUUACGAAUUGUCAGAAGUUACAAGUUUUCAUUGAUUUUAUUAUUAAUUCAAAAUUCCUCUGGCCAGUUUCUAUGAAUGAAAUUUUGAAACCCUCUUCUUAAUGUUGUCAAGCCUUAAAAAAAUGUCCAAACAUGAAGAAAAACAGUGAAAUAUAAUGGGCUAAAAUGCAAGCCUGGCAGAACUUUAAUAUGACUUUGAGAAUAUUUAUUUGAUUUAAAAUCCAAUGUUUAAAAGUCAUUCCACGCCAAUAUGUUAAUGUCUUGAAAUAUUCAUGUUUGACAAAUUUGAAGUUAUAAAUUUGUAUGUUAAAAGUUGAACAUGUCUAUAUAUUGGUUAUCAUUAUCCACCUGAUCACUUACAAUAUACAUAGCUAUUCUACAUAUUCUUUAAUGUCAUUGAAAUCUCUGAUGUUUUAUUAUACUAAUUCUAAUUUGUCUUUGUCUCCACUAAAUUCUAUUGAGCAUAAUAUUUUAUUGAUUUUCACAUUUCAAUUUAGUAAAAAAAAAAAUCUGCUGAUUAUUUUAGUGUACUAUGUAUUUUUAAUGUACUAUACUGCAAAUCAUUUACAGUUUUAUCUACUGUAUUCUCUAAGAUUCAGCAACAUACAAUGAAUGUGAUAUUUCAAUCAGCAAACAUAUUAAACAUUCGCAUAAUUUCUUACCUACUUUAUUUUUCUUCCAUAAAUGUGUGUUAAUAAAGAAAAAUGUUCAGAUAAUACAAUUAUAGUUUUUA